CCAAUAUCAACAUUUUUGUGUUACCAAGAUAAGCCAGAGAAAACGCGAGAGUCGACAAGGAAAAGGCAAUGCAAGAAGAAGCUUAAAUCUCUCUUCUCUGCUCCUGAAGUCUGUUCAUGGCGAUGUCGGGAACUUUCCAUUUGACUUCUGACUAUGUCCCUGGUACUUCGCUAUCCUGUACCCUUUUCAUGUCUCUCUCUUUCUCGCUUGUCGAUAAUUUUUCUGUUUUAUUUUGAUAAUUGUGAAGGCAUCUAUCUAUGUGCGUCUCUAUUUGUUUUCCGGGAAUAUUGUUACUGUUCUUCCUUGAAUUCUCGCCGAGCACCUAGUGUUUUAUGCCCCUGUCACUGUAGGCGGAAACGGCAUGUGUGUGGAGAAAUCAUUUUGCUUUUGGUUUGUUGUCCACCAGUUGUUCGAUGAAAUGAUUCUCUUGAGUUUUAUAGACUUCUGCUUAUUCGUGUUACACACUUUCAGACAGCCGUUGCUUCUUUAACUCUGCUGUUUCAAGAAGAACACUUGCCAUAUUACCUUGCUCUUCCUGUCUCGAUCACAAGAAUGGGCGUCUGAAAUCUGUCCCCAAUAGAAGUUCUUUUGUGUGCCGAGCAAGUUCUGGCGGCUAUAGGAGAAAUCCUGAUUUCUCAAGACUUAAUAAGCAUGGUUACCGGGGAAACAACAGGCAAAGCGGAGGGAGAGAAGAUUUUGAUAUCGAAAACUCUGAUAUGUUGUCUUCAAGAAAUGGGCCUUUAUUCAACCUGUCUAGUUCCCCCAAAUUCCAAGCUACCUCAUCCCCUGGACCUAGAGAGAAAGAGAUCGUGGAGCUUUUCAGAAAGGUUCAAGCUCAGCUCCGAGCUCGUGCUGCAGCAAAGAAAGAAGAAAAAAAGAUUGAAGAAGCUUCUAAAGGGCAGGGAAAAGAAAGUGAAACUGUUGACUCUCUUCUUAAGUUACUAAGGAAGCACUCGGGAGAGCAAAGCAAGAGGCAAGUUAGCAAAUUUAGCAGCCAGGGAGAAGUACAAGGAGAUACUGUUGACAAACAAGAUCGCACCGGAAAUCUUGUCACUUCAGGGAACAAAGAUAAUAAUGCAUCAUCCUUUACCAGACCAACAUCAAGCUUCAGAAGAAAGUCGCCAGUACCAAGAUCUCAAUCACCGCCAGCUUAUUCUAGCGAGGCAACUUUUGAUCAAUCAUCAAGUUACAGUGUAACCUGGACCCAGAAGAAGGAUACAGUAGAGUUGCAUGAUGAGCCUGAACAUGAGCCUGCGUAUGAGCAUGAGCAUGAGCCUGAAAAUGAGUCAGAACCUGGGCCUGUGACAACUAUGCUUGAACCAGAUUCAGAGCUGAAACCAGAGUCAUCAUCAUUUUAUCAAGAGGAGGAGGAUGAUGAUGUUACUUUUGAUGUGUUAUCACAGGAUGAUGGUAUUUUAGAUGUGUUAUCAGAUGAUGAUGAGUCUCUCGAUGAUGCUGAUGAAGAUAGUGAUGAAGCUGAGGAAGAAGCCGUGAAAGACUUGAGUGAAUUGAAGCUGGUCGAACUUAGAGGCAUAGCAAAGUCACGGGGACUAAAAGGGUUGUCAAAGAUGAAGAAAGCCGAAUUAGUGGAGUUGCUUGGUAGUGAUUCCAGCUGAACCUUGCUCUAGUAUGCACCAGUUAAAAUGAGUUACUUUCUCUGUAUUUUGUUUGUUUGGAAAAUGCUGGCUUUGAUGUUCUUGAUUUACUAGGAUUACCUUCUUCUCUUUUAAGUUAUUAUUAUUACACUGAUGUACCUUGUCAACUACAGUUUUCAGGACGCAUUAUUUACUGUUCAAUCAUAUGGAUUUUCAAAAAUCUAUUACCAACACAACAGGUUGAUACUUGUUCGGAC